AUGGCUCUAUGGCCAGGGUGCCCACAUGACAUCUGUGAGGGAGGUGAAAAGAUCGAAGAAUCGAAGAAAUUGAAAAUAGAGAAGUGGAAGAGGAAGAGCAUGAACUGGGCUACUGGACAUGAUUUUUCCAGGCAGUUCCAGAGGCUUUCAGCUGCAGAGCUGUCUGAUUUUGGCUGUUUUAUUGUGCUUGCUGCUGGAGUCACUCUUUUACAACUAACAGAUAUCAGCCUGAUAUAUCACAUGAUUCGUGGUCAAGGCACAAUCAAACUAUAUGUGGUGUACAAUGUGCUGGAGUUUGUCACCUCUGCAUAUGCAUGUGACUGGAAACCAGUCCUGAAGGGAAAGUGUGGAAAGUUAGCUGAAACUAUGAACAUAAAUCCCACAUUGUGUUCCAUGCAGUUCCAGAGGCUUUCAGCUGCAGAGCUGUCUGAUUUUGGCUGUUUUAUUGUGCUUGCUGCUGGAGUCACUCUUUUACAACUAACAGAUAUCAGCCUGAUAUAUCACAUGAUUCGUGGUCAAGGCACAAUCAAACUAUAUGUGGUGUACAAUGUGCUGGAGAUAUUCGAUAAACUAUGCCAAAGUUUUGGUGGAGAUGUAAUGCAAACCCUAUUUAACUCAGCUGAGGGACUUGCAGAUUCCUCACCAGAAAACAUGAGAUAUUGGCUAUGGAGAUUUAUUUCAGAUGAAGCAUUAGCUAUGGCUUCAUCAAAUAUCCUUAUCAACGUGUUUAAACGUUUUAGUAAGGAGAACAUUCACAGUAUGGUAUAUUAUGAUUCAGUGGAGAGGUUCCAUAUUUCAGCAUUUAUCUUAUUCGUUUUAGCUCAAAACAUUCUGGAGGCUGAGGGCCCUUGGUUUGAAAGCUUCCUCUUUAAUGCUCUUCUUGUUUAUGUAUGUGAGAUGAUGAUUGACAUAAUCAAACAUUCAUUUAUUGCUAAAUUCAACGACAUAAAGCCUAUUGCAUUUUCUGAAUUCCUUGAAGACCUCUGCAAACAGACCCUGAAUAUUCAAACAGAGAAUGGGAAGAAAAACCUCACUUUUAUUCCUUUGGCUCCAGCUUGUGUGGUAGUUCGGGUACUGCGUCCAGUUUUUGCUGCCCAUCUCCCCUACGGUUCCCUUCCCUGGAGGUUCUUCGGGAUUUUCUUCCUGUCUGCCACGACCUUUGUGAUGCUUGCAAGCCUGAAAGUGAUGGUUGGCAUGGGCCUUAAAAAACACGCUACUUGGUAUGUCCAUAGGUGCCGGAAGAGAAAACUUCACUCUGACUAA